AGCUACCAGUACUCAUAGCACAUGUACCCAGGAUACCAGUACAGCUCCGAUCGUCUCACUAUCUACACUGUCUCCAACAACUCUGCAAGUAGCAUUCGGUAUGGUGGAAUAGUGAUUGGAAACUAACGUCACCUCAAUCAUGCAACAUUUACUGUCAGUUAUGCGGUGUUUUCUCCCAGUUUUCUUGGUCUUUUCUUCGUGUCUAUUUCAAUAUGCUACGUGCUCAUUCAAAUUGGCUGUCAUCCAUACUAAUGAUAUUCACGCACACGUCGAGGAAAUGAACAAGUACUCCUCCGAGUGCAAACAGAAGGAUAAGGACGAAGGCCAAUGCUUUGGUGGGAUUUCUAGACGCGUUACUAAAGUUAACGAACUGAGAGAGCAGUACCCUGAACACGUGCUGCUGAACGCCGGAGAUAACUACCAGGGUACGUUAUGGUUCAGUCACUAUAAAGGAUUAGUGGCCGCUAAAUUCAUGAAGGAACUUAGUUAUGAUGCCAUGGCUGUUGGUAACCACGAGUUUGAUAAUGGAGUAGCUGGGUUGGUGCCAUUCGUCGACAAUGUGACGUCAGUGUUCCCUGUCCUCAGCUGUAGUCUGGACCUUUCUGGGGAACCGCGACUGAGGGAGAAAAUAGGCAAACAUGUCAUCUUGAGAGUUGGGGAACAACAAAUUGGAGUUAUUGGCUACACGACCGAGGAAACAUCCUUCAUUUCUAACGCAGAUAAAACUGUUAAAUUCAAAGACGUUGUGGCAUCCGUGAGGGCAGAGGUACAGGAAUUGACCAAACUGGGGAUAGACAAAAUCAUUGGUCUCGGUCACUAUGGUUACGGGAAUGAUAUGAAGUUGGCAGCGGAAGUGGAAGGAUUAGACGUGAUAGUGGGUGGACAUACUCACACUUUCUUAUACACGGGUACUCCUCCUUCAAACGACGUCCCUGAGGGUCCCUACCCUACUGUGGUCACGAAGGAGAAUGGCGAGGAGACACUGGUAGUACAGGCGUACUGGUCUGGCAAAUACCUCGGUUUCAUCGACGUCACGUUUGACGACAAUGGGCGUGUCACAGAAUGGAAAGGUGCCCCUAUACUGCUGGACAAAUCAGUUGCUAAAGAUCCAGCAACGGAGGCUGAGGUUGCAAACCUAUUGGUGCCCCUGGUUAAGGAGAAGAGUGUGGUGAUGGGGAAAACGGCAGUGUACCUUGAAGGGAGCAGCACUGUAUGUCGAUUGAGGGAGUGCAAUAUGGGAAAUCUGAUAACUGACAGUAUGGUUGACUACUUCGUCGGACGUCAGACAGACAACACGUCAUGGACUGAGGCUGCCAUAGCUAUCAUCAAUUCGGGCGGAAUCAGAGCCCCAAUCGAACAAGGUAAUAUUACCCGUGGUGACCUAUUAACCCUGAUGCCAUUCGGAAAUAGCGUCGACGUCAUUGAUAUAAAGGGCAAAUACCUUCGUCAAGCAUUGGAACACUCAGUGGAAAAUUACGAUCCUAUUGAUAAACCCGGUGCCUUACUUCAAAUGUCAGGUCUUUUGGUGAAAUAUGAUCUAGGCCAGCCUAAAGGUCAAAGAGUGGUGUCAGUAGAAGCGAGAUGUAGACGGUGUAACAUUCCAGAAUAUAGUCCCUUGAUCGAUACAGAAGUAUACAGAGUUGUUGCUCAAGCGUUCAUCAUAAAGGGUGGAGAUGGCUACUCUGUACUCCAGGACCACAACGAGCAGUGGUACCAAUACAAUUUACUGGAUAUCGAUGUGCUGUCACAGUACCUAGUAAAAUCCAACCCAGUAACGUCUGGUCUUGAAAGGCGCUUUCAGUUCACAAACUCGUCACACACAGUUAACGUGUCUACAUCAGUACCAUGUCAAGUUGGGGAGGCCAGUCACCUGAUCACCAAUCCACUAAUAUUAUGUGCUCUUAUCUUGUUUGUUGUGCUCUGAAUGUUUCCAUGUUUUUUUGAAAAAGUUUAUUUUUAAUACUAAUUAGGUAAAGCUAUUACCCUGACCUAUUUCCUAACAUUCCUGGCAAAGGUUUGGCCACAUUUGUUGCUCCUGAACUAGUUAUUUUCUCAGGAGAUAGAUAUCAGUCAAUUUUCUCCCCUGCAUCUUACACACUUGAUAUCAAGGUAUUCCUUUCUUGAAUUUAUAUCUUGAUCUAGGAUUUUAGCAGUGAGAACUAUCGUAUAUAUAUCAUAUUUUAGCAGAUGUUUUUAUUGAUAUUUCCCAACUAAAAGCACUUCUUUAACACAUAUUAAUUGUAGGUGCAUCAUUGCCCAAAUUCUGAUUUUCGUUGUGGAGAUUGUAGAUAGUAAACAAUUAUAGAAAUAGAGGAUACAUUUUGUCAUGUAAUGUUUAUAUGGAUGGUAAAUGUAAUCAUAGAUUUCAAAAUGUGAUUUUGAAUGACAGGAAUAUUUUUUCUUUAAUAAAAUGUUUUGUGUAUCAAACAAUUA